AUGUCUGAUCUCCACAUGCAUUGCUGCACCACCGUGAACAUUUUUGAGCUUCCUAUCAUAGGGUCUCCAGGUGAGUCAGCACUGCUGUCCUGCCAUUGUCCAUACAAACAGGAGAACAUCACUGAUGGAGCCAUAUGGACCUACGAACCCUUCGAACCCUUCGAACACUUCGAACACUUCGAACCCUUCGAACACUUCGAUCCCUUCGAACACUUCGAACACUUCGAACCCUCACUGGAGGCUAAAGAUCGCACUGAAGUUUCUAACGAGAGAGGACCCUACAGGGGCAGAGUCUACAUAUUUGAUCAAACACCUUCCAGUAACCGCUCUCUGCUCAUCUCAAACCUCACUAGAAAUGACCAAGGACAGUACUUGUGUGGAGACUCUUCAUAUGUCAUCCUAAUGGUUACAGGCUGCAGCCUGUCAGAGAAUCAACAGCAUGUUGAGAUCAGUAGAUCUCCAGGAGAGUCUGUGUUCCUGCCCUGUUCCUGCACUGAUCUGCAGGAGGAACCUGUGAAAAUGGAGUGGAGCUCACCACACCAUGAAGAUCUCCACUCUACUGAACUCAGUUACCGCUACAGUGGCAGAGUUCAGAGGUUUAACGACAACUUUCCAGGAAAUCUCUCUCUACUGAUCUCAAACCUGACUGAGGAGGAUCAUGGAUUAUAUUCAUGUUGGAUUAACCACAACCAACACCGAAACUUCAGUCUCACUGUUAAAGGUAUAAAUCAGGUCAUGAUCGCAGCAGGAUCUGCAUGAGAAAACCAGAACGCGGAGCAGCACAUCACAUGAUCUCCAUCCACCAAUCAAGAGGCAUCGUUCCCGUCCUCUCCGUCACACUCACAGUUCACAUAUUAACCUACAAGCCGUAAUGUUGAAGAUUUUGUGCCUACAUGGAAUUUGCCCAUCUUGGCGGUUCCCGUUCGUAAGUGUAAGUGACCUGUGAAUGCAUCUGUCCUCCACGAGUCACUUCUGUCAUCACCACCAACAAAAAUAAAGUUAUUUGUGAGAUAACUCAUGGUAUUAAAAUGGACGCG